GCUCCGCUUGCUCAGGCAGCGCGCCCGGAGUUUUCAGCGCUGCACGAGCACCGCUGUGGCCGGGGUCCGAGAGGCGCCGCCGUCAUGCGGCCGCUGCUCGGUCUCCUCCUGGUCUUCUGCGUCUGCACCUUUGCCCUGUAUUUGCUCUCGACGCGACUGCCCCGCGGGCCAAGACCGGGUUCUCCCGAAGAGCCCGAAGGCCGGUUGCUGUGGUUCCCCUCAGACCUAGCAGAACUUCGGGAGCUCUCCGAGGUCCUUCAGGAGUACCAGAAAGAACACCAGGCCUAUGUGUUCCUGCUCUUCUGCAGUGCCUACCUCUAUAAACAGGGCUUUGCCAUCCCUGGUUCCAGCUUCCUGAAUGUUUUGGCUGGUGCCUUGUUCGGGCCAUGGCUGGGGCUUCCGCUUUGCUGUGUGCUGACCUCCGUGGGUGCCACCAUCUGCUACCUGCUCUCCAGUAGAUUUGGCAAACAGCUGGUGGUCUCCUACUUUCCUGAUAAAGUGGCUUUGCUGCAGAGGAAGGUGGAAGAGAACAGAAACAGCUUGUUCUUCUUUUUACUGUUUUUGAGACUUUUCCCCAUGACACCAAACUGGUUCUUGAACCUCUCAGCGCCAAUUCUGAACAUUCCCAUUGUGCAGUUCUUCUUCUCAGUUCUUAUUGGUUUGAUCCCAUACAAUUUCAUCUGUGUGCAGACAGGCUCCAUCCUGUCAACCUUGACCUCGCUGGAGGCUCUGUUCUCUUGGGACACUCUCUUUAAGCUGCUGGCCAUUGCGCUGGUGGCCUUGGUUCCUGGAACUCUCAUUAAAAAAUUUAGCCAGGAACACCUGCAGUUGAAUAAAAGAAGCAACACUAACCGUAUUAGUAGAAAAGACACAUGAUCAGGUUUUCUGCGUGCCACAGCCCUGGACUCAACGGCUGAUCUGUGUGAUGGGCAUUUUCCUUUAAAAACCCUCACUGUUUUUCAGGUAGCCUCAACAGGUGAGUGAUAUGUGUGCUGUCUUGCCAAAGG